GCAGGCAGCAGGCAGGCAGGCAGUAGUGCUCAGUGUUUGGGGGAGAGUUAGAGGUGGAUGACUCUCACAAAACUGACUGGCUGCAGAGAUCUGAGGAAGACCAACUGGGAUAAAACCAGGAUAAACUAAAGCUAACGGUGGGAUAGACGUGGGCUAGACCAGGCUAAACCAGGCUAAACCAGGCUACAACCAAGUCAAAGAAACAAUAUCUUAUCCAUAUAGCCUGAGGGUUGUGGAUCUAUAACCACAGAAGAGAUGAAAGUGGGUGGUGUGCCUCCACCCUCUUCCCUGUGUGCGUGGGUGGUGCUGCUUAUUUUGGUGGAGUCAGGUGAACCCUACCGGACCCCAUACGACCAGGAACAAGGCCAGAACAGAGACAGGGACAGAGAGAGUACAGACUCCAGGACAGACACCAGGGACUACCACAGAGAUGCCAGGCCAGACACCAGGGACUACCACAGAGAUGCAAGCGAGGUGAGGGGUAAAGAGUGUCAGCGGUGCUGUGACCCUGGAGAAGAGGUCCGUACUCAGUCUGCCAACCCCCAGUACCCACAACUCUACCCACAGAACCAGGCGGUGCCACAGAUCAACAUAACCAUCCUCAAAGGUGAGAAGGGGGACAGCGGCCAGCGAGGACCCUACGGUAAAUCUGGCAAGUCCGGCCAGUCCGGCCCUCGUGGGCCCAAUGGCAUCAAGGGCACCAAGGGGAGCAUAGGGACCCCGGGUGACCCCUGCAAGGUCCAGUACGCUGCCUUCUCCGUGGGCCGCAAGAAGGCCAUCCACUCCAACGACUACUACCAGACCUUAGUGUUCGACACUGAGCUCGUCAACCUCUACGGACACUUCAACAUGUUCACCGGCAAGUUCUACUGCUACGUGCCGGGAAUCUACUACUUCAGCCUGAACGUGCACACGUGGAACCAGAAGGAGACGUACGUGCACGUGAUGCAUAACGAGAGAGAGGUGGUGAUCCUGUACGCCCAGUCCAGUGACCGGAGCAUCAUGCAGAGCCAGAGCCUGAUGCUAGAGCUGGAGAGAGAGGACCAGGUGUGGGUCCGGCUGUUCAAAGGAGAGAGGGAGAACGCCAUCUUCAGCGAUGACUUUGAUACCUACAUCACCUUCAAUGGACACCUUAUCAAGCCCAAGAGCGAGGGGUAGGGGGAAGGGGUCGGUUGGGGCUGUGUCCCAAAUGGCACCCUAUUAGCUGUAUAGUCCACUACAUAGGGAACGGGAUCCCACUUGGGACGCAUCCUAGAGGGGUUGUGGGCUUGUAUGAUGGACCAGUGUGACGCGAGAAGGAGACCAAAGUUCCCAGUUCAUAGAAGAAUAUCUUAACUUUCUUUUUGUGUCUUUAUGUGUGUUAUUAUUGUAUUUUAAUCCAGAUAUCAAGAGAGACAUUGACUUACUUUGAGAAGUAAACCAAGCCACUUGUUAAUUUGACAAAAACAUGUUGCACACACAGCCUGAUGAAGAUUGAUGAUCGGUUGGAGGUUUUGUCAGGAAACAGCCAAACAGAAUCAAUUCAAGAUGGCCACUGUUCAAGAUGUUCAACAGAGCGGAGAAAAAUUAUCCUCAGGGUAGGGACGUCCCAAGGAGCCCACUAACCAUGUUCAAAGUGCCUUGAUUGCGUGAAGCAUCGUCUUACAGUACUGCUUUCACUUUUGGCCAGUAAAUCUAAAAAAUUACACUUUGACUCCCUACAACACUUAGGGUGCAUCCCAAACGGCACCAUAUUCCCUAUUUAGACACAUAAGGUUCUGGUAAAAAAAUGGUGCACUAAAUACAGAAUACCGCUACGGUGGUAUUUGGGACGCAGAGCCUUUAUGAAACAUGUACGUUGUGUGAUGCAAAGUAUUAUGAUUCGAAUCAACUUUGCACCCAGAUAAACUGUAUGUUUUAAGAGCACUCCUCUGUCACGGUCCUCGUAACCAGGAGACCAAGGCGCAGCUUGAUCAGAAUACAGUCUUCUUUUAUUAAAACAAAGAACACUUAGACAAACUAACUUGACGCUAUAAACUAGUGCUGACAUGCAACUACACAUGAACAACAACCCACAAAAUACCCUAGGACUAUGGCUACAUAAAUAUGGUCCCCAAUCAGAGACAACGAUAAACAGCUGCCUCUGAUUGGGAACCAAUCUAGGCAACCAUAGACAUAUAAAUACCUAGAUAUAUAAAAAACUCUAGAUAUACAAAAAACCCUAGACAUACAAAAACCCCUAGACAUACAAAACCUACACAUACAACCCUCGUCACACACUGACCUAACCAAAAUAAUAAAGACAACAAAGAUAACUAAGGUCAGGGUGUGACAUCAUAGCUUUCAGAUGUAGAGACAGAUCAUAUUUGUUUGAGUUAGACAUAGAUUAGACAUAUUACACUGUGAACACAUCCAUUUAAAUGUCAAUAUAUCUUUAUUGUCAAUUUUAACUCAAUAGAUCUUUAUUGUCCCCAGUGUAAAACAGUUGUAUACAUAGAUAUCAUAAAACAUGUCAUACAAUGACCUAGACUAGAUAAAGUAACAGGACCUAGACUAGAUAAAGUAACAGGACCUAGACUAGAUAAAGUAACAGAACCUGGACUAGAUAAAGAAACAGGACCUAGACUAGAUAAAGUAACAGGACCUGGACUAACUAGAUAAAGUAACAGGACCUGGACUAACUAGAUAAAGUAACAGGACCUGGACUAGAUAAAGUAACAGGACCUAGACUAGAUAAAGUAACAGGACCUGGACUAGAUAAAGUAACAGGACCUGGACUAACUAGAUAAAGUAACAGGACCUAGACUAGAUAAAGUAACAGGACCUGGACUAACUAGAUAAAGUAACAGGACCUGGACUAGAUAAAGUAACAGGACCUGGACUAGAUGAAGUAACAGGACCUGGACUAGAUGAAGUAACAGGACCUGGACUAGAUGAAGUAACAGGACCUGGACUAACUAGAUAAAGUAACAGGACCUGGACUAGAUAAAGUAACAGGACCUGGACUAACUAGAUAAAGUAACAGGACCUGGACUAACUAGAGAAAGUAACAGGACCUGGACUAGAUAAAGUAACAGGACCUGGACUAACUAGAUGAAGUAACAGGACCUGGACUAACUAGAUAAAGUAACAGGACCUAGACUAGAUAAAGUAACAGGACCUAAACUAGAUAAAGUAACAGGACCUGGACUAGAUAAAGUAACAGGACCUGGACUAGAUAAAGUAACAGGACCUAGACUAGAUAAAGUAACAGGACCUAGACUAACUAGAUAAAGUAACAGGACCUAGACUAGAUAAAGUAACAGGACCUAGACUAGAUUAAGUAACAGGACCUGGACUAGAUAAAGUAACAGGACCUGGACUAGAUAAAGUAACAGGACCUGGACUAGAUAAAGUAACAGGACCUGGACUAGAUAAAGUAGCAGGACCUGGACUAGAUAAAGUAACAGGACCUAGACUAGAUUAAGUAACAGGACCUGGACUAGAUAAAGUAACAGGACCUAGACUACAUAAAGCAACAGGACCUGGACUAACUAGAUAAAGUAACAGGACCUGGACUAGAUAAAGUAACAGGACCUGGACUAGAUAAAGUAACAGGACCUGGACUAACUAGAUAAAGUAACAGGACCUAGACUAGAUAAAGAAACAGGACCUAGACUAGAUAAAGAAACAGGACCUGGACUAGAUAAAGUAACAGGACCUGGACUAACUAGAUAAAGUAACAGGACCUGGACUAGAUAAAG